UGUAACUGGUAUUUCACACUACCGCGGAGCCAAAUGGGCUCUCUUCCUCAUUUUGUAGACAUUUUCUUUGAUGAAUGCUGCAGCCCACUACUAAAUACCCGCAUAACCAACUUAAUGCCAACAUUUAUGGUCCGGUUUGUUCGUCCUAUUAGCCGUAUAACUUUGUUAGCGACAGUUAGCUAACAGCUAGCUCAGCAGGUGUCCUGUGCAGCAUGGCCGUUUGAUUCAUUCCAACAGGUGUUGGCUGUAGUAAGAUGCAAUCUGUGAAACGUCCAGUGGUUUGUCAUUUCAAACCAUGUCAAAGAGUUGACUGUUAAUAUUGACGUUAUUUGCGGCCAGCUUCCGUUAGCAUUUAUUCAUGUUGAGUUAGCCUGUACUUUUAGACACCUAAAGCCAAAGUUUAUGUCGUUUUGUGUGUCAUGCUCCUCGGUUACGUCCUGUCGAGCCCAUUCAGAUCGACGUGUGCGAAAAUAGUCUGUCUGCAGAGGUGCUGUAUCAGUCAACUCUUACACAGGACGAAGAAUCAGGCAUGUGCCAGUAACUUUAAACAGGGCAGAAAACUUCACAGCUCCUCACACCGGCUUCAGCUCAAGGCACAGCCCUAUCUGUAUCAACUAACCGUGGUCGACAUGCAGGCUGCUAAUGUGUUGUAUGGGAAAGAGACCUCUGCAGUUGCCUCAGGCGAUGAUGAUGAGGAGGACGAAGGUGGUGGUGCAGGUGUAGUUUUACAGGAGCCAGGGACAAAGGAUGAAGAGUCAAAGGAGGAGCUGACUCCAGCUCUUGCAGGUUUAAAUGAGAAGAAAAAUAAGAAAACAAGAAAAGGGAAGAGGAUUUGGAAGAAGAAAAAGCUCAAGUCAGCUGAUACCACAGACAAUUUAAUGUCUGAGCUUCCAUUUUCUCUGACCAGCCCCACCACAUGGAAAGAACUUGGAUUCCCCAGUCCAGACUCAAAUGAGAAGAAGCGAAAGAGAAAGAGAGGAGACAGCGGGGGCCGAGUGGACAGUGAAGAGGAUGCAGAGAAGAAGAAAAAGAAGAAAGAGAGUCAUCGACCAAAUUACUUUGUCUCUAUCCCCAUCACAAACUCAGAGAUCAGUGCUGCUGUGAUGGAGCUCCAGGAGGUGGUGCUUCAGCAGGAGCCAAGACUGGCAAAAGCCAUGAUCCCUGUCCCAACACUCCACAUCACGCUGUUGGUCACUUAUCUGGCCAAUCAGGAGCAAGUGGACCUGGCGGCCUCCGUGCUGACUCAGGCUGAGCUGUCAUUGGCAGAGCUGCUGGGUGGGCGGGAUCUGGUGCUGCCCUUCUCAGGGAUCAGUCAUUUCAAGAAGGAGGUGGUUUUUGUUGAUCUGGCCCCCGGACAGCACAGAGACACGCUGGACAGUGUGGCAGAGUUGUUGCGGUGUCGUUUUGUGGAGCAGGGUCUGCUGCAGGAGGACAGCCGUGGGUUUGUGCCCCACCUCACCAUUAUGAAGCUGUCCAGAGCACCAAAACUACGAUCACAGGGUAUAAAGAGUGUCGACCCGGCUCUCUACUCCAACUACACUAACAAGUUUUUUGGAGACCAGACAGUUGAGCGGGUGGAUCUUUGUUCCAUGUUGAAGAAGAAGCAGCAAAGCGGGUAUUACCACACUGAGACUUCACUACAACUCAAUUUGGUUAAGACCCCACCUCAUGCCAAACGUUCAAGUGGGCGUCGCCGGUCUGAGCCCGACGAGGCAGAGCUCCUUAGGGUCAGCAGGCGAUUGGUGGAGGAUGCCGUCAAUCGCGCCUUACAACAGUACAAGCAGGAAACACUCCAAAACGGGGACGGGCCUAACGCCACGGCACUGCAGCCCCCUGAAAAUACCGAGGAAACUGACACAAAGACGGACACUACAGCUAACUCCACCACGGACAACAGGAAGUGACAUCAUUGGACUAAGGUGCAAGGACUUGGAAAAGCAGCGGCCCAGAAAACAUCAGCCAGGCCUGGCAUACCUGGAGGCUCAGUAAGCCCUGAGCACAAAAAGCCUGAACCAGCCAACCAGUCGGCCCAGUUUGCCGACCUGCCAACCCAGCUAGCCAGUCAUGCUAGCUUCCUGCCCAACCAAGCGAGCUGGAAACCGUGCUAGUUAAAUGUAGCUUGAGUUCAGUGCUAUGUGACUGACCCAGCGAGCUAAACCUCACAAACUAUGUUGUCCUACAUCUGGCAGCAAGGCUGUCAUCCCUCCAUGUUUAACUCAGCUGUGGGUCCAAAUCAAACUAAGCACUCCUUCAGGGGUGCAUAAAUAAGGUUCCCUUUGAAGCUGCCCUUCAUUUUGACAUUUUAGUUGAAAAUUUCUCUGGUUUGGCCCAUGAUGAUUUCUCAACCUCUCAUCUUGUGGAGUCUUUUUGUGACUGCUUCUUUAAAUUCGGAUUAGAACUGGUGCUGAACUUGGUGGAAAUUUAAUUUUCUUUCUUAGCUUUUUGGGCUCACAACACUUAAAGUUCAAUUCAAGGAAGGAUGCCAGCCUACCUACCUAUAUUUUAUAUAAAAUGAUUGGGCCACAGCUAUACUUGAAGUAUAUUAUUAUUUACUAAUAGUGUCAUGUGGAGGCAGCACUGAGACAAUCAUUUAAAUCAUUUAAUAAGCUUGAUUUGCAAACAAAAACCAAGUGACUCCAGCUUUUCAAAACCUCAUCUGGGCCCUUUUUGGGUCCACACACUUUAGGAGCAAAAAGCUGGUAAAACACCUACUAAACUACACUUGUAGCUCAAAAGAAGUUAGGAGAUACGUUAUUAGAGAAUAAAUGCGGACAGCACUGAAUUCAUACACUAUAAGUUGCCAGGAAUGCAUUUUUACUUUGUUGAUGCCAAAACUGAGUGACAGGCUUUUUUUUCAAGAACCAGGCUCUCAAUUAAAAGAUGAACUUUAUGAAUCCCUGGAGGGAAAAUUUCGUUAACCACUCAGCUUCCUGCCUCAUCAUAUAUGUUUAUUCAUUUCUUGCUUGUAUUUUUAUAAUUUAUCAUCAUUUUCUUCCUGUGCGUUUGAAGCAGCACAAUACACAAUGUUUUUCUUUUUUUAUCAGAUCAUAAAUUGUUGUUGUUAGAGUCUGGACUAGAGCCCACCUGUGUGUUUGAGGCUCAGUGAAAUAUUGGAAGCAUUAAUGCUGAUUAGAGGGGCUUUUUUUGUAUUGCUGUACUUGUAAGAGGAGUUACUUCGAGAAUGAUGUCAGAGAGAUUUACUUCAAUGAUCCCUGCUGUCAGCUGAAAACCCUGCAGGUUUUAAAUUUCAUUGUCUUCCUUCCAUUCUUUGUUUAUUUUAUUUUUUUGUUAAAACCUGAAAAUGAAAUUGGCUUUCCUUGCUCGGCUUUUUCCCACAGCUCUCAGUUCCCCUUUAGAAACUCGAUGGACUCAUAUGAAGCAUGGAAAGAUCAUUGACUUUGUGGCGGUGGGGUUUUCAACACGAUAAAGAUUAUAAAAUACUAAUCAUAAGGAUGAUUGCUUUCAGUUCUGACCUUGAAUCAUUGUUAUUAGCCUUUUUAACAUUUACGUAUGAUUUGUUAAAAACAACUAUUGUUAUGAAAAAAAGGAGCUGCCAGCUUCCCCUCAGGAGUGAAAAAGCACAAAAUUUGAAUAAAUCAUUCUGAUUGUC